AUGCAGCCAGCUUUCCUUGUCUUUUCCAAAGCGUCCGAGUCGCCGCUUUGGGUCUGGGGCAUAAUAUUAAAUAUCGCACAUCCAGCUUGGAUCUUCGGUUGUCAGGCAAGGGAGCGUUGUUCUCCUCCUCGGCUGUUCCUUGCUACACUGUAUUGCUUCUAUUAUGUGUACAUGGCAUGUAUGACCCUCGCCUAUUUGCGAGUGUUCCCUGCUGAAAUCCGGGAUGCUGAGGACGAAGAAAUUGACGUUGUCGGCGGUGCGGAUUACCAGAUCAACGUUAUCGGUGGGCUUAUUGAAGGGAGCAUCGGCGGUGAUUACCGGGGAUGGUUCAGGUUACGAAAUCCAGAAAAUGAUUAUUCAUUCGGCACUUGUCGAGUCACAAUUACUCCUUCACUUCGAACGAUCAUUACGCUUCGCAAUUGGAUCGCUCAGAAAAAGUUAAUCGUAGCUCGGAUGUUAAAAGUUAGUCGUAGCUCGGAUGUUAAUAAGACGUCAGCUUGGUCCGUGACUCGAUGCUGGCGGAGCGGAAGCUUAGUGGAUUAUCAUCUCCGUGGAACCUUUUCCGACCGUGUUGUAGAAUCUCAAGGACUCUCCCACAUCACACGGGUGACUGCGAGGAAGGAAUCGCUAUUCAGAAAGAACGUGAUUAGAUUAGUGAUUGCCGAAUGUCAUCUCGUCUAUGUUCGAACUGGCCCCGCCGGCCCUUCGUCCAGUCUACGUUCAAGGAUACCUUUGAUGGUCUACCAGGAAAGAGGCGCGUUAAAAAUGUCGCAUUACUCACCCUCUGGUGUCCGCCUAGCAAUUUCCUCCGCCAAUAAUCCUGCGAAUCGAUGAAUUUGCUUGACGGCCAUUCUUGUCCAUUCAUCAUG